AUGGAGAGCACGCAGAGGAAGACAGAGGGAGACGGGAAGAAGGUGGAGACGGAUGAGGAGGUGGUGCACCUCCGCAGACAGAUAGGCCUCCUGCCCGCUGUGUCCUUAAUCAUCGGGACGGUGGUGGGCAGUGGCAUCUUCAUCGCACCCAAGGGCGUCCUGAUGAACAGUGGGAGCGUGGGACUGUCUCUGCUGGUGUGGGCGCUGUGCGGGAUCCUCUCACUGUUCGGUGCUUUGUGCUUCGCUGAACUGGGCACCAGUUUCACAAAGUCAGGAGGUCAAUACAUCUACCUGCUGGAGACUCUGGGGCCGCUGCCUGCCUUCCUGCGCCUCUGGAUAGAGUUCUUAUUCGUCAGACCGGCCGUGGCUGCCUACGUGUCCCUGGCGUUCGGCCGCUACGUGGUGGAGCCCUUCUUUGAGCCUUGUGAUCCUCCCAUGGGGCUCAUCAGACUCGUCAGCGUCCUCGGAGUGACAUUCGUCACGGUGGUCAACUGCUGGAGUGUGACCCUCGCCUAUCGCACCCAGAUUGCCUUGACCUUCGUUAAAAUGUUUGCUCUGGUGCUCAUCAUCGUCCCUGGUUUCAUCGCAUUAGGCAAAGGCCACACAGAGAACUUCCAGAACGGGUUUGAGGUCGACUCAUUAACAUUGGACAGGCUGCCGUUGGCCUUCUAUAACGGCCUAUAUGCCUAUGGUGGAUGGUUUUAUCUGAACUGUGUCACAGAAGAGGUCAUAAACCCAAACAGAAACAUCCCGCUGGCCAUAACCAGCUCCAUGGUGACAGUGACGAUCCUGUACGUGCUCACCAACGUGGCCUACUACACCAUGAUGACGCCCGCUGAGCUGCUGCUGUCUGACGCUGUGGCCAUGACGUUUGCCAACCGCGCCAUCCAGACGAUUGCUCCUGUGAUCCCAGUCCUCGUGGCCCUGUCGUGCCUCGGAGCUCUCAAUGGGGGCUUGUUUGGAUCACCAAGGAUGCUGUUUGUUGGAGGCAGGGAGGGCCACUGGCCGCUGAUCUUUUCCAUGAUUCACAUCCGCAGGCGGACGCCUUUGCCUGCUGUGAUGUUUCAGUACCCCUUGGCGAUGUUGAUGAUAUUCAACGGGGAGAUUUACCAGCUCAUCAACUUCGUCUCCUUCUCGCGUUGGUUCUUCAUCGCUUUGACAACCCUGGGGAUGCUCAUCCAUCGGCACCGGUUCCCUCUCCUCCCGAGGCCCUUCAAGGUGCCCGUGCUCAUCGCAGUCACCUUCACGGUGGCUUGUUUCUUCAUCGUGGGCAUGUCUCUGUUUUCUGACCCCUUCAACACCGGCGCAAGCUGCUUUCUCACACUGACCGGAAUCCCAGUUUACUACGUGACCGUCCACCGCUUCCGUCUGCCCAAGAGGUUCAGACGUAUCUUCAAUUUCUGCAGCAAGCAGAUGCAGAUCCUUCUGGAAGUGGCUCAACAGGAAAUCCAGACAUACUGA